CUUGAUAUCGACAUAUGUACCGGGGAAUCGACACCAGUGUUUGCGUGCGCAUGUUUGGACGUCACACAGAUGGGAUAGUUUGUCAGACAAAUGUAUCACUAAUGUAGCAUAGCUGUGUGUCAAUUGUGCGGUCGGUAUUUACCAGCAUAGAAUCCACAACAUGAUGUGUUUCCUCGGUCAAAAUAAGAGAUUGGAAGAACGAAGUACAAGGGAUACAAACAUCUAAUUCUCAUCGAGGAUAUUUCCAGUCAUACACAACAACGAUUACGAUUCGUCUGCUGUCUGCUUAGACACUUCGACCAAAGACAUAACUACAACGAUAGUAUAAGUGCUGUCAGCUUUGAUGCCAGUACUUCGUCAAAGACACAAAACUUAGCAACAAUACUUACAUCUCCGGUGAUUCACCCAAAUACUAGUGUAUAUAUUUUACCAAGCAUCCUGUUGUUUCCAGUGAUUUAACCAAAUAUUUAAAAAAAAACAUUAGCAAGGGGGUUAGGAUCUACAGUGUUUAACCAAAGACACAUAACUUAGCUAGAGUAUCAAGAUAGUACACUGGUUCAAUCAAAUAUUAAAUAUUUGGUAGGGGUACCAGCAUAUUCUGUUAACUUACUACCAGUAUACUGUAGUGUUGUGAUUCCACCAAAAUUGAGUAUUAGCUACGCUGCCAACAUUUCCGGUGACUCAACCAAAGAUUCAGUAUUUAGCUGGCAUAUUAGCAUAUGCAGUUAACUUACUGUUCAAAGCAAUAUAGUGAUAGAACUACAAAUUCAGUAGUUGGCUAGGUUACUAGCGUUCCCGGUGAUUCAGUAUAGGAUACAGAACAUAGCAAAUAUAUCCGCAUCUCCAGUGAUUCAAAUACAGAUACAGAACUUAGUAUGGAUAUUACUAUAUUCAGUUAACUUAGUAUUCAGUAUAUGUGUCGUGAUUCAAUUAAAACUUCAGUAUAUGAGUCGUGAUUCAACCAACAAAUUCGGAAUAUAGUACAGAUACUAGAUUCAGUCAACGAUUGGGAACAUAAGAAGGACGCCAGAAUAUCUAUUGAUAAAAACAAACAUUCAGAAAUCAUGUCUCACUCCAGUGGUAUUCCGAAAGCACAUAAUGCAUGUGAUAAGCCAGAUGGGGCUGAAGUAGCUAAAUUUAAAAUUGGUUCUGACGACGAAGAGGAAAAGAAUCCCGCGGAUACAAGACAGCCUCUACUAUCAGAUUGUAAAACUCACGAGGAUCACGAAGAAGAGAGUCCACUUAGACGUAAGGACAAUGUAGAGAAGAGACAGAAGGAAGAGAGUCCGGCUAGAGCUAAAGACAGUGUAGAUGUGAGAUAUUUAGCAUCUGUGUCUGAUGGCGUCAUGUUACCUGAGGAUGCCCGAACAGAGCCUUAUCACGCUGAUGAUAACGCUGCUGUGAGCACUAAACCCGACACGGACCCUACACAAGAUGGUGCAAUGUCGUCUUUAGCAGAUUACCAUGGCGACCGUCCUGUCAUGAGCACGUCACGUGGCAUAGCCAUCGCUGAAGAUGAUGUGGAUCCUAGCAACAAACAGCAGACGGCAGUCGUUGACAAUUUAGCUGUCGAGGCACCAAUAUCCCCUGUCGUGGAUCAAACAAAACCUACUGACGACGACCGCGGUGCGUUUAGAGAUUCUUUACCAAAUCCAGAUUCAGAGAAUACUGAAGGAGCGGUCAGCCACAUACCAGAGCCAUCAUGCUCUGUUAAACCUAGCCCCGCAUGCGCAAUCGAGGACCCGGACGAACAGACGAUAGAAAGGUCAGAGAGGUCACCUCCAGGUCAGACGCUAACCAUCCACGAAGUCCCCAACACGAACAUCCUGGUCGCGUGUUUGAUCACCGUCUGCUUUAACCUUCCGCUCGGAGUCUUGGCUAUAUAUUAUUCCUUAAUGGCAGCCAAGGCGUACCGAGACGGGAUGCGCAAGAAAGGUGCGCGGAGAGCGCGUAUCUCCAUGUGGAUCAGUCUGCUGGCUAUCGUGGUGACCGUGCUGAUCGUGAUGUCGGUCGUCUUGUGGAUGGCGAUGAGUAAGAGGAAAGGAAAGCGUCAGUCGUCAAGCAGAAGUACUUUUUCAUUUUGAUAUAUUAGUAUUCUUCAUGUAUGCGGGGCGGGACUUAGCCCAGUGGUAAAGCGUUUGCCUGAUGUGUGGUCAGUCUAGGAUUGAUCCUCGUCAGUGGACCCACUGGGAUA